UCAUACAUUCAUACACAAAAGUCAUCCCGAGUCCAGCCCGUAAUUCAGGGAAAACCCCAAAAUAAAAGGCUUUCUAAAUCCUAGCGUUUGCUAAGACUCGCGACUCGCCUAAACCCCAGAGCAGCACAGUUUGAGCAAAAAUGUCCGCACUUCCGACGGAGAUUAUCGCCGAAAUUCUCUCAAGAUUGCCGGUAAAACCACUCGUUCAACUCAAAUGCGUCUGUAAAUCAUGGGAGUCUUUGAUCAAAUGCCCUAAUUUCAUCAAAAUUCACAUCAACCAAACCCUAAUUUCCAACACCGAUCGUCAUCUCCUCGUGUCAUCACAAGACUCAUCUCUUCACUCUGCCGAUCUCGACUUACACCCUAGCCACCUCUCUUUCUCGGAGCACAAUCACCCGCUCAAACACCGUAAAGUUGUCAACAUCUUGGGUUCCUGCAACGGCGUCAUUUGCAUCUCCGACGACUCCAAAAGCGACGUCUUCUUAUACAAUCCACUAACAAAUUCAAAUCGUAAGCUUCCCGCCAAUAUAACUCCAAACCUUAAAGAGGGUUCCAUACUGUUUGGAUUUGGGUACGACAGCAAGAGUGACGAUUACAAAGUUUUGAGGUUGGUUCAAGGGUUUAAAUUUGACAAGUCUUGCUGCAAUGAAGCUCAUGUUUAUAGUCUCAACAACAAUUCGUGGAAAGCUGUUCAAGGUAUGCCACAUUUCCCAUUAUAUGGUGAUAUUCAAGGUGUUCUUGUUAAUGAUGCUCUGCAUUACAUUGUGAUAUCUGAGGAAUUGAGUUUGCAGCAACGUUUGAAGAUUGCUAGUUUCGAUCUUUCAACCGAGAGGUUCUCGCUUAUGAAAUUCCCCCGUCAUGAUCAUUACUUGAAGACUAACUGGGACCAUUUGGAGUUUUAUUUGAGGAAUUUGGGUGGAUAUUUGUGUGUGGCUGUGAAUUAUCAAACUAAUGCAUAUGCUCAUACGCUACCUUCUUUUAUUGAUAAUGAGUUGCGUAACAAUAUGCUAUAUCGUGCUGAUAUUUUGGUGAUGAAGGAGUACGGUAACAAAGAGUCUUGGAACAAGUUAUUUAGUACUUGCAAGAUGAAGCUUUUUCCAAGUUGUCUAUCUAUUAAGCCUGUUGUUUACUCUAAAGAUGGGCAGAAAAUUCUGCUGGAUAUAGACAGUUAUCAGGUUGGUUGGUAUGAUUCGGUGUCCCGGAAAUUUGAGAAACUCAAAGCUCAUGAGCUACCAAAUAUGGUGCAUCCUGAUAGUGUCAUUUUCGUGGCCAGCCUUGUAUCUCUUGAAGAUAAGUUGCAUGCUAAGAGAGGUUCCUUGCCGAAGAACAACAAGAGUAAAGAGUCGGCUAAUUUUCUUUCUGCGGGUUUCAAGCUUAAGCUAUGAGCCUAUAACCUAAUAGAAGAUACUACUGCUGGGAUUUCAGAACUAUGCGAUGCUGAAGAAGUACAUGAAGGUGUUCGAGAUGAUACAUUGAUCAAAUUUGAGAUGCAAAGAUGAAGUGAGAUAGUUCCGCUUACUCAACAUAAACUGUUGUUUUUUGGUUGCAUUUGCAAAAACUGAAUAGGUAAUUGACUAAUUGAUCGUUUGUAUCUUAAGUGCACUUUCUUCAAGUAGUUUGCUUUUGGAUUUUCUAAAGUAUCAUGGAGAUUUUUUUCA